AUUUACCUCCUCACUGGACACUGCAGCUUAUUCGAUUAUUUUGUGAUUAUUACAAUAAUCCGUGAUUAAAGUGAAAGUAAAAACUUGUUUUUUUGAUUUAUUCAGCAUUGUUUUGAUUUAGAAGUUACAAAAGAUUUUAAUUCAAAAUGGGGAGAGGAGGCAAGAAAAAGGGGAAGAAAGAGGCAGAAGAGGGUCUUGGUUUAGGCGAUCUUACGCUCGAGGACACUGGAGCUUCAACAUCAGAAAUGCCUAAGGUUCCUGCACCAGAGAAAGUAAAAGAAGAAGCUUUUCAAGAGGAUGUAGGUGAGGACGAUGUUGGAUUGAGUAUCGGUGGGGUGAAGAAAAGAAAAAAGAAGAAGAAGGAAACUCCUCCGCCGGUACAAUCUAUGGUUACGUCAGGUCCAUCAACAUCGCAAUCGGUUCAAGAUAUUGCUAGUUUGCCUCAAAAACAAGAAUCCCAAAGUGUGCCUUUACCGACGCAACCAUUCCAAUCGGCUGGAAGAGGUCGUGGCCGUGGGGCUCCAGGGGCUGGACGAGGUUGGGCUGGACCUGGACAAUCACAAUCGGCAGGUCAUGGAAGGGGAGCAGCACCUGCCUGGGGUGCUCCAAAAGCUAUGCCGGGUCAUGGCGGCGAUUCUGCUGCAAAGCCAAUUGCUCCCGCGCAAGUGGAACCGCAAGCUACAACCAGUCGUGCGGUGGAACAAGCGCCCGUUAGACAGGCCCAAGGACCGACGCAGUCUGGUCGUCCCUCAUCUACUUUGUGCCGAUUUCAAUUACCUAAGAAAAUUAGGAGUCGAACAGGGGUGCCUUCUGAUCCUAUAAAAGUUCUUACUAACUAUUUACCGAUGCUCAUCAAGCCAUUGAUCAUUCAUCGUUAUGACGUUGCAAUUACUCCUGAGAGGCCUAAAAAGUUGAUGCCGAAAGUAUUCCAAGCAGUGAAAGAAAAACAUUUUCCAAAAAAUUUAAUAGCAUUUGAUAUGAUGAAGAAUUGUUAUGCUUUAAAACAACUUAUGAAGGACAAUGAAGUUUUAAAUACUGACGUCCAAAUUAAAGAUGACAAUGGGACCUUUAUCAAAUUUGAUGUUGCUAUGAAAACAACUGGGACUGUUGAUUUAGGUUCCCUCUUCAAAUAUAUGAAAGAAGGGACCGCUUUGUGUCCACCCACAGAGGCCAUACAUUGUAUUGACGUUAUAUUACGUCAAGGAGCGCUAGAAAAGUAUGUGAAGGCGAGCCGUCAGUACUUUACCCGUCCUCGUAAUCCCGUCGAUUUAGGCGACGGAUUAGAAAUGUGGACUGGUUUAUUCCAAUCUGCUAUAUUUACAUCAAGACCAUUUAUAAAUAUUGAUGUCGCUCACAAGGGAUUUCCCAAAUGCCAGCCGCUGUUGGAUACGUACAGAAACGAUUUUCGCUUAGAUGUGAAUAAUCCUUUAGAGAGGCAGCGUAAAAUUGAAUGCGAACUAUUCCGCAAAUUUGUUAAUGGAUUGCACGUAAAUGCUAUGAUUGGGGAUCACAAAACAGGAUUUAAAAAACGUGAAUUUGUAUGCAAUUCUCUGGUAUUGCCCGCGAAUGAAAUGAAGUUUACCCUCACUGAUACUGCUGGAAAGAAGGAACAUAUAACCGUCGAACAAUAUUUCGCCAGGGUUAAGGGACAAAGGCUCAAAUAUCCCUACAUGAAUUGCGUAUGGGUCGGUCCAAGGAGCAAGGAGAUUUAUUAUCCAAUUGAGUUACUGGAAGUUACAUAUGGACAGGCAUUGAAUAGACAACUCAACGACAGGCAAUUGCCGAAAAUGGUGCGCGAAGCGGCAACGCCGCCUAGCGACCGUAAGCGGAAGAUUGAAGAGGUCAUCAGGGAUAUGAAGUAUUCCAGCAAUGAAUAUUUCCGCGAAUUUGGUUUGGAGAUCUCAACGAGAUUCUAUGAAGUGGAGGCGAAAAUUCUACACGCACCAAUAUUGAAUGUCGGCGAGGGAACAGUUAUACCUAGGAGGGGAGUAUGGCAAGCAAGACGUUUAUUGAAACCAAGCGCGCUUCAAUCGUGGGGCUUCAUUGUUGUUGAAGCCGAUCCUAACAGGUUGAACUGCCACAAUAUUAUAGAAAUGAUAAAACGCGUCGGCAAACAAAUGGGUAUGACUGUGGAGGAGCCAAGCUUGACGAAUUUCAACAUAAGGGUCACGGAGCUUCAUUCGACGUUCAGAAAGGCGGUGGAUAAUAAGAUUAAAUUCUUGUUCGUCAUUGUUAGUUCUUGGGCGCCAAAUGUUUAUCAAAAGGUUAAAAAAAUGGCCGAGCUGGAGGUUGGGAUUUUAACACAGUGCAUUAAAGAUAACACAGCAGAGAGACGUAUGAACGAACAGACUAUUCGAAAUAUACUUUUGAAGGUGAAUUCUAAAUUGAUGGGCGUUAACCAAACCCUGGAGAAUAGAUGUGUGCCGCCAUGUUUGAAAGAUGGCGGCGUUAUGAUCGUGGGCGCUGACGUCACACAUCCGAGCCCUGAUCAGACGGAUAUACCAAGUAUCGCAGCCGUGACCGCUUCGUUCGACACAAAAUGUUUCCAAUACAACAUUGAAUUGAGUAUUCAAACACCAAAGAAAGAGAUGAUCGUCGAAUUUGAGAAUAUGAUGGUGGAACACUUGAAGGUGUAUAAACAGCAUCAGAAUUCCCUUCCACGAAAAAUCUACAUAUUCCGCGAUGGAGUGUCGGAAGGCCAAUUCGCUCAAGUGAUGAAUAGUGAAUUGGUAGCCGUGUACAAGGCAUACGAGCGUAUGGCUGGCGCUAAUGCAAAACCUGAAAUCAUGUUUUUACUUGUGCAAAAGAGACAUCACACGAGAUUCUUUUUGGGUGAAACUAACGCUCAAAACGUAGAACCGGGCACGGUGGUUGAUAAGGACAUUGUGCACAGCAGCGAAGUGGAUUUCUAUAUGGUGUCCCACCAAGCGAUCAAAGGCACGGCCCGACCGACCCGCUACUACGUGGUCCGGAACGACGGCAACAUAGCGAUAGAGGAAGUGGAGCAGCUCACGUACUACCUGUGCCACCUGUUCUCGCGCUGCACACGCUCCGUGUCGUACCCGGCGCCCACGUACUACGCGCACCUUGCGUGCACGCGCGCUAAGAACCUCACCUUUGGAACGAAAUUCAACGACAGAGAUCUGCAGAUCAAACCUCAGCGUCUGCAAGUCCUUAGCAGAAUGCUGGAUUACAGUCGCAUGUUCUUCGUCUAAGUUCCUAUGUUGUCUAGCGACUCCAGGUGUAGUUUUUAUUCUUAUUUUUUAUAUAUUCUUAAUUUCGUAAUAGAUCAAGAAAAUGUAACAAUGAAUGUACGUUUUUUUGUAUAGUAUUUGAAUAUUUUGCCAAUUGAAAUCAAUUGAUUAAUGUAAUUUUUGUUU